GACACGGAUGGUUGGGGUUAGCUGUUGGCGAGAUGGGCAAGAAGAGGGUGGCCGUGGUGGUGGGAGGGAGCGUGGCGGGCCUGGCGUGCGCGCACGCUGUGGCGGGCGCGGGAUGGGACGUGGUUGUGCUGGAGAAGGCGGCGGCGCCGGCGCCGGCGGCCGGGGGCGGCGGCACGGGCGCCGGGCUGGGGCUCGACGCACAGUCAAUGGAGACGCUCGCCCGCUGGAUCCCCGGGUGGGGCCUCGACGCCGCAACGCUGCCGCUCGCCGUCGAUCUGAACAGAGCAACGGACAGCGUGACGAAGGCGGCGCGGACGCUGGCCAGAGACGACGGCUUCAACUUCCGCGCGGCGCACUGGGGCGACCUGCACCGGCGGCUGCACGAGGCGCUGCCGCCCGCGGCGACCGUGCUCUGGGGCCACCAGUUCCUGUCGUUCGAGGAGGCGCCGGGCGACGCCGGCGGGGUCGUCGCGACGGCCCGCGUGCUGCGGACGGGGGAAACGGUUCACGUCCCUGGUGACCUGCUCGUCGCGGCGGACGGCUCCACGUCGUCCAUCCGCCGCCGCCUCCUCCCCGACCUCAAGCUCAGGUACGCCGGGUACUGUGCGUGGCGAGGCGUGUUCGAUUUCGCCGGGAAGGAGAGCUCCGACACUAUGGUCGGCAUCCGAAGAGCCUACCCGGAGCUCGGCAACUGCCUCUACUUCGACCUCGCUUACAAGACGCACGCCGUGCUCUACGAGCUGCCGAGGAGCAGGCUCAACUGGCUCUGGUACAUCAAUGGCCCGGAACCGGAGCUCACGGGGAGCUCGGUGACCAUGGAGGCGACCGGCGCCAUGGUGGCGCGGAUGCGGGACGAGGCCGAGCGCGUCUGGUGCCCCGAGCUGGCGCGGCUGGUCCGGGAGACCGCGGCGCCGUUCGUGAACGUGAUCUACGACGCGGACCCGCCGCCGCCGCGGCGGGCGUGGGCGGGCGGCCGCGCGGUGGUGCUGGUCGGCGACGCGGCGCACCCGACCACGCCGCACGGCCUGCGGAGCACCAACAUGUCCGUCGCGGACGCGCGCGCGCUCGGGCGGUGCCUGGCGCGGUGGGGCGCCGGCUCCGGGCCGACGCCCGCGGGGCGCGCGCUGGCGGAGUACGAGGCGGCGCGGCGGCCCGUGGUGGCCGCGCAGGUGCUGCACGCGCGCCGGCUCGGGCGGAUCAAGCAGGGCCUGCCGGUUGACGGCGAGGCGGAGGGGUUCGACGCGAGGACGGCGACCGCGGAGGGCGCGCUGGAGCUGCGGCAGAGGACGAUGCCGUUCUUCGGAGGCGUGCCCACCGCCGAGGAUGGCAGUUUGUGAUUCGUGUUAGAAAUUGGGUUUUUUUUAUCCAUACUAUUACAAUUUUCUAACUUCUGAGAUACGCCAUUACAAUUCAUCUAUUUUGAAACUUGCCAUUACAAUUCUUCGUUUCUUUGAA